AUGUUUUACCGGCCACCUAACCCUGACCCUACCUCCAAUCACGCUUCCCGAUUCCCGCCUUCCUACGCCGACCACCCUCAUCCCGGCCUCCAGGUGAGGACCCUCCCCGCCCUAGGGCCCCCAUCACCCUCCAAAAAACGCCCUCUCCCAAAGGGCGUCGACUCGACAACCGAAGGGAGCAUGAUCGGUGGAGCCCAGUCCUCCGCAGGGACGGGAGGGAAGGACUAUAUUUCGUCACCGCAGGAGACUGGGGGUACACCCCCCACCAAGGUGUCCGUAGGACCAUCGAGAAGUGGCCCUGGUGGUACCAGAAACGGCCACGCUAGCGCAGCAACGCUGCCGCCUCUCAUGAAGGGGUCGCGCCUGAGCGUUCUGGAUACUGCGGCUGUUGCCACGCCCGGCAAGAGCGGCGGCUUGGCGCCCUCCUGUGGGUCACGGGGGAGCACGGAGACGACGCCAGGGGGGAGGUGGCGGGACAAGCAGCAGGCGUGGGUUGAAAGAGAGCAGGAGGGUGGUAGCGGGGAGGGGCGGGAGGAUGGAGAGGAAUCCUUCCCUUUCCUUGCUGAGGAUGAGAUGAUGGAGAUGCUUCCCGACGACCGAUUCGAGGUACCGUAA